AUGACCCCAUCCAUGACUCAUUCUUUACCACAAAGGUCUCAAGUCUCAACGUUCAGAGCUUUGUUUCAACUGCCUCUUGUCUCUUUGUCUUUCCCUUUAAAUACCUUCCCACCACAUGGAAACAUCAUCACCAUCACUCACAAUCUCUCUCUCUCUCUCUCUCGAUCAAGACCAAGAAUCAAGAUCACUACUCAAUCCUCCAAGAUGACACUGAGCAGAGUUCACCAGCAAGUUCUUGCAUUUCCUACAGUCAAGACUGCUCCUGCGGGUUACUUGCCUGAUCCAGCUUCCAUUAACAAGCUCCAAAUCCCAACUUCUUCCAAGAAAUCUGAACAAAGCAAAGGAAAAUCGAUUCUGCGAAAGAAGAAAAGUGACAGCUUCACGAACGGAGCUAGAGAUCAGGGCAAGUUAGGACCCAAGCUGACUGAAACAGUCAAGAGAAAGCUAUCCUUGGGAGCUAAGAUCAUUCAAAUGGGAGGCUUAGAGAAGAUUUAUAAACGGCUCUUUAUAGUCCAUGACGAAGAGAAACUCUUCAAGGCGUACCAAUGUUACAUAUCAACAACCGCAGGUCCCAUCGCAGGCUUACUCUUCAUCUCAUCGAAGAAGAUUGCUUUCUGCAGCGAGAGAUCCAUCAAGGUGGCUUCUCCUCAGGGAGAUCUCAUCAGAGUUCACUACAAAGUGUCAAUCCCAUUGUGCAAGAUCAAUGGAGUGAACCAGAGUCUGGACACGAAGAAGCCAUCUCAGAAGUACCUUCAAGUAGUCACGGUCGAUGACUUCGACUUCUGGUUCAUGGGCUUCUUGAGCUACCAGAAAGCUUUCAACUGUCUCGAACAGGCACUUUCUCUGAGCUAAUAACAAGCCGAAGAGGAAAUAUUUCAUUUCCACUUUAACCUAUUUUUUUAUCAGAGAAUAUUUAGAUAAGAGCCUAGAAAAGACAGACAAU